AUGACACCGCAGCGUUUGCCGCCGAAAGUUCGCACCUCGUACGCCAAGCGCUGGCUGGUGCUGACACUGCUGAUCACCUCGCUCGCGUCCGUGGUCGUGGUGCUCAACUAUCGAGGGAUGAUGGCGAGCGCCGGCUUCAGUCGAUUCCAGGACAAUCGCAGUGCCCAGACGCAACUGCAGGACGCCAAGGUCGUGGACGAGCUGGUCACGCUGCUGCUGGCCAAGCAGAGUCAGCAGAGAGAUGUCGACAACAGGAAUAUGAACACGUCGGUCUCCGCUGCGACUGUUCCAACCGAAGCUGCUCCUGCCCUGCCAAAGCUUCGCAACAUUUACCAGGGCGACGAGGACCAUAGCGAGCUGCACAUCGUGUUCAGCAUGAGCUGCAGUCAGGGCCGCCGCGUGCCGCUGCAGACCAUCUUGCAGUACUCGGCUGUUGCCGUGGGCCAGCGAGGCCCGAUCACGCAGAUCCUGUCGGGCUGCACGGACGCCGAGCGCGAGGCCGUCAUGCACGAACCCACGCUCUACUACGACUUCCGCAGGCACUUCACGCCGUCCUACUCACCCCACCCGACGCCCAACGUCACGGACAACUACUCGCCGUACAACAAGCCGUUCGCACUGCGCCACUUCCUGCGGAACGCGCAGCCGCCCGUGAAGCACGGCAUCAUCGCGCUAAUCGACGGAGACAUGGUCUUCUUCAAGCCGCUCGAGGUGAACACCGGUCGGGACGUGACGAAGUACUACCACGGCACGAGAGAUUUGGCCACUGUGAACGACACGGUCACGGACGGCAUCGCCAUCGCGCAGGACUGGUUCAACUACCUCAACUCCGGCUGGUACGCUCCGCAGGCUCGGGACAAACUCGAGGCAGUAUGUGGCGGCAAACCUUGCAGGAACGUGACCCGGGAAGAGGCACGCGAGUACUACUCGAGCACGGGGCCGCCAUACAUCAUGACGCGCCACGACAUGGAGGCCAUGGUCGAUGACUACUGCGACUUCGUGGUGCGCGGACGGCAAGUGGACGAUGCCUGGAUGGUCGAGAUGUUCGCGUACACACUGGCUGUAGCAAACCACGGUAUCAAGCACACCCUCUUGACGCACCUGGGGGCUACACACCCAAAAUUUGCCGGGGGUGAACGCGAGUACUGGAACUUCGUAGACGAAGCGCUGCCGAACCCUUGUACCGACGAUUCUGCUGUGGUCAUGCCCUCCGACCCGCCUGUGGGCAUCCACUACUGCCAGAAGUACGGCUUCGUCGAAGGAGACCACAAGGGCCACUACUACUACAAGUAUGACCUGCCGGAAUCACUCGUGAACUGCGAGAGCCCCUUGCUGCAGGUGCCUCCUGCAUCCGACUGGGACACUCUGGAGAACAUCACAGCACCUGAAACACUCGCACAAAAGCGGCACGAGGUUUGGGUCGAGUGCUCGACGACCAAAGUCGUCAACCAAGCCAUGGUCAAGUACAAGCAGCGCACCUGCCCCAGCGGGUACAACACCGAACAGGGCAUUGAGAUGGUUAAGCCGUAG